ACGUUUCGAGUCAAAUUCAAACUAUAGUUUUUUUUACUUCAAGCGAUCACAACAAGUUAUUUUGAGACGAAUCUCAAACAAAGGCUAAAGCAAUAUGCUGAAGCUACAAAUUGCAAAUGAGAGAGAUAGAAAGGAGGCCCAAAAUAGGGAGCGAAGGAGACAAUGUGAGUUGGAGAGAAGAUCCAGGAUUUUCAAUGCUCGGAACAGGAAGAUUGGUGUCGACCUCCCGUUCCUGGAGCGUCAAGUGGUGGAAAAACGAGCUGAGCGGGAUGAGCAGAAACGAAGGGACCUUGCUUUCGCUCAGCAGAUGAUCAAAGACAGUAAUGUGGCCGUGGUGCUUGAAGCGAGGGAGAAAGAGGAACGUCGCCGCAUAAACAUGGAGAUAGACGCAUUCCGCUCCAAGUACCAGCGGCCCGAAGACCGGCGGGAGUACGACCUGAACGACCCAGAUGUUCUGAAGAAGCAGCUGCCGCCACGAGCCUCGGACGGCGAGCCCGUCGGCAUGUCCAGUGCGCAGAAGUUCGAAGGCGAAGACCUAGACUACGAAGAGCGCAAGAAGAUCAUGGCAGCUCAGAAGAACGCGUGGCUCGAGCAGCAGGUGCAAGAGAGAAAGUCUGCCCAAGAGGAGAGAAAGGCCGCCGAGGCUGCUUACAUGAUGGCGAUAAAAGCGAGAGACGCACGCGCAGGUGAGCUGGACAAGUUGGAGCGCGAGUGCCGCUACAGGCUCGGCCAAGCCAACCUGCGGUACAACGAAGCUUUGGCUUCCGAAAAGAAACAACUGGAGCAGAUAAUGAAGGAGCAAGAGGAGGCGGACAACACCGCCGAGAUGUACAACAAUCUGACCUCAGACAUGCUCACUGAGAACCCUGAUGUCGCCAAGAGCGCCCUUGGCAAGGACAGAGCCAUCGGCUUUAUGUACAAAGGCAUGAACCAAGAAGAGCUGAAGAAAUUUUACGCAGCACAGAAAGAACAAAUGGCUGCUGCCAAGGCUAAACGCGAGGCGCAAGAGAAAAUGGAGGCGGAGUGGCAGGCGCUGGCCAAGUCCAUCCAGAGGGAGGUGGCGCGCCUGGACAUCGAGGACCAGCGGAAGAGGAGAGACAUAGCCCGCCAACUGCUGGAAGAGAACCAACUGCUAGCUCUCCAGCAGAAGGAGAAAGAGAAAUACUACCGUGAGGUGGUGAACAACAACACGCCGACCGACGAUUACUACUCACAGUUCAACACCACCACCAGAUAAGGUGAUGAGGGAGGUGCUACGAAUAUCGUGGACAUAACUUUCGCCCGUAUUCACAAACAUUACUAUGAGGACUCACAGUGCGCGUGCACGCACAAGGUGA